AUGAUAAACGGUGAACAUGUACCCGGCGUAAUUCCAGAAGAAGAUGAUAUUAAAACACCAACAUCUAAAAAAUUUGAUCAAAAUAAAAUAAAUCAAAAAACAGAAUUUACAAAACGUUCAACUGAUAUACGUACGAAACGUACACCUCUUCAAACCGAUCCAACUAAUCCAGAUGAUGUCGGUGGAUUUAUUAAUACUUCAUUUUAUCCUGAUAUUGAUGGAUUAGGUUCAUUAAAUGAUUCAAAGCAUUCAAUGUCAAUACCAAAUCAACCAUUUCAUCCAAUUCGUUGGAAAAAUAAUCAAAAAGAUAAACCGACUGUAUCUCGUCCAUCAACUGGUACAUCAGUACAAACAAGAACAAUAAGUGCUUCAAGAGGAAGAAUGCAAAUUUUAUCUGAUGCUACGAUUACACAAAGUAAUGAUGAUGAUUGUGACAGGAAUGAACACGAUAACAUAAAAAAGUAUGAUGAGCAUCAGUACACUACUAAACGAGUUUAUCAUCAUGGUCGUCGUAAUAAUUAUGAACGAAAUAUUGCUUCGUCUGUAAUACUUCUAAAUAAUCAUAAUGAUGGUGUUGUGUCAAAAACUAAAAAAGAAGAUACAUCUAAUAAUUUUCUUCAUCAUUAUCAUUCAGAUUCCGAUGGUGAUACUGAAAUCACAGUUGUUAAACCUUUGACACCAAUUUUACAUCAUAAUAAUGGAACAUCAUCAUCAUUAAAUCAAGAUAAUAAUAAUGAUGAUAAUAGUAACUCAAGUGAUCCAUCAUUAACACUUGCAUUACGCUCAUUAUUUGAACUGAUUACAGAAGAUUUGGAUAAAUUUGUUUAUACACCAGCGCCUAAUGGUCUUGGUGAUAUUCAAUGUCGUAUAACACGUGAUAAACGAGGAAUGGAAAAAGGUCUUUUCCCCAUUUAUUAUAUGCACGUUGAAAGACCUGGUGAUGGUAAAAAAUUUUUUGUACUGGCUGGACGUAAACGUCGACGUAGUACAACAUCAAAUUAUUUAAUAUCAACAGAUCCAACAGAUUUAUCACGUGAUGGAGAAAAAUUUAUUGGAAAACUAAGAGCAAAUAUGUUAGGUACAAAUUUUACUGUUUAUGAUCAAGGUUCAAAUCCAAAGAAGAAUAUUUCGAUUGAACAACAAAGACGAGAAUUAGCUGCAAUUGCUUAUGAAACAAACAUAUUAGGAUUUAAAGGUCCACGUCGUAUGACAAUUAUUAUUCCUGGUAUGAGUAGUGAUCAUCAGCGAGUUGAAGUUCGACCAAAAAAUGAUUUGGAAAAUUUAAUCGAACGAUGGAAACGUAAUGACAUGAGUAAUUUACUUGAAUUACAUAAUAAAGCACCUGUUUGGAAUGAAGAAACUCAAUCAUAUGUUCUCAAUUUUCAUGGACGUGUAACUCAAGCAUCAGUCAAAAAUUUUCAAAUUGUACAUGAGGACGAUCAAGAAUAUGUAUGCAUGCAAUUCGGUCGAGUUAGUGAUGAUGUUUUCACAUGCGAUUUCAAAUAUCCAUUAUGUGCUGUUCAAGCAUUUGGUGUUGCAUUAUCGUCGUUUGAUGGAAAAUUAGCUUGUGAAUGA